AUGGAGAAGAAGAAUAACCUAAGCAUGAAACCAAAAUUAUUUGUGCUGUCUCCUGAUAUGACCACAAAUCAGCUGGUGGCUAGAACGCAGAGACUCUCCAGGGCGUGUGAUUUGUGCAAGAAAAGAAAGACCAAGUGUCAAGGUGGUAACCCGUGCCAGAGUUGCAGGAAGGCUAACAUACAGUGCAUAUAUCGUGAGAUUGCGUCCCAUGACAAGUCUCACGAUCUCAUACUCGGCAGUCCCAACAAAAUCAAGAAGAGAUCAGGCCCCUUGUUAGCGGUUAAGGUAAAAAAAAGUCUGAAGGUCAAUAAUGGAGACACCAUACACAGUGCUAAUUACCAACAGGACGUACCGAAACUGUCUCAGUCAAAACCAAAACACAACCUAAACGGAAAUGAAUCUGCUGAAAUCGAAUCGUUUUCACCAGAAUCUGUGUCAACAUCCCCAGAAAGAUAUUACUCACAAAGCAAAUCUCAAAUCGAUAAUUCACUAUACCAAGAUAUAGUGAAAGCAAUAUUCCCACCUUUGCAACUCGACAAGAUUUUGAAUAGUCCAUCAUUUGACAGAGAGAGUUUCAUUAAUAUUAUAUCUUCACACAUUUCUAAUUCUUCUCUAAACAUUAACUCAGUCAUUAACACUUAUAUACCAAGCCGAGCAAGAGUGCCAUUACCUCCAAAAGAUGUUGCUCUAAAACUAAUAAUGAAAACUUGGGACUGUGUGUGCAUUCUCUUCAGAUUUUACCACAGACCGACCAUUGUAAAGUUAUUGGAGUCAUUAUACGAGGAUAAUGAUAGUCAAAACAAGACUUAUAAUAACGAACAACUCAAGGUAUUACCGCUGAUAUACUCUGUUUUGGCUGUGGGAGCAUUAUUUUGCAAAGAUGAUGUUAAUGGUAAAGAUGUGUCCACAAGAGAGUUCUAUGAAGAUGAAGGACAGAAAUUCUUUCUAGAGGCAAAGAGAUUGAUAGACAUAGCAAAUGCGGACGAUAUAUAUUCAAUUCAGACAAUAUUCAUGAUGACACUAUUUUUGCAAUGCACGGCUAAAAUAAAGAUAUGCUACUCUUACGUGGGUAUAGCAAUGCGGGCAUUAGUGAAGAAUGGCUUUCAUAGAACAACAUCAUUGAUAGGGCCGACUCCCAUUAUAGAUGAAACUAGAAAGAGAUUAUUUUGGAGUGUCUUUAAGGUUGAUAUGUAUCUAAAUUGCAUAAUGGGUAUCCCCUUUGGUUUAUCUGAUAGUGAUGUGAAUCAGGAUUUACCUGCUGAUGUUGAAGAUGAGAACAUUAGAGAGGAUGGCAUUAUCUAUAAAAAAUGUCAGUUUGGUUUAAGCAGUGCAGGUGCAAAUAACCAACAUACCAAGCUCAUCCUUAUAAUGUCCCAUAUAUGUAAAGCAUUGCGUAACCUACACCAUUCAAAUUAUUCUUUGAGUGCUGUGGAAGAAAAAGUAAAGUACUUCGAAAAUGAGCUAUUUGGAUGGUAUGCAAGUCUACCCAAUGUAUUAAGGGCCGAUGAUGAUCAACUUAUAAAGACGAGGUGCGGCGAGAGAUGUCUGAAGGCUAAAAAGUUACUCUACUUAGAUUACUUACUUACAAAACUGCUACUAUACAAGCCAUUUUCUCAUUAUAUUAUAAUGCAUCCGUCCCAAUACCCGACGGUUAGUUUCCAUUUUGGAAAUGCUAUCAAGUGUUUUGAAACUGCUCAUGCAAUUAUCAAACUAGCAGAAGAAAUGAUAAAAGAAGGAUUUUUGAAUGGUAGUUACUGGUUUUCAGUCCAUACUAUAUUUUACAGUGUUUCAUGCUUGGAGUUUUUUUCGUUUCAAUACAAUAAAGGCAACAUUUCAGGUAAUCCUCUAAGCUUCAGUGUACAAGAAACUUCGAAAAUAGGUAUGGAGAUAUUAUUGCACCUAAGACAGGGUUCUGAUGCAAGCAAUACUACUUUCAACGUUCUAAAACCUCUAUUUGAAGAGUUAAAUCAGCGCACUUCAGAAGCAUCUACGAGGACAUUGUUGCAAAUGAAGUCACAUAUUGCCACUUUCCAGGACAGAGAAAGUGAUUACCAAGAUGGUAGGAACGAAUUUAACCAUCGUACCAAUAAUCUGACUACCACACCACUUUAUCAUGAAUGGCAGGAUAGUAAAACUAAUUCAACAGAAAAACAGGGUGGACCUGCAAAUAAUAUGACCGGAUUUUAUGGAAUGACGUCACGGCGUACAUCAAAUAAUAUCGAACGCGGUCAAGGUAGUCAUCACUUAUUAAGUUUAGAUGGCACACCUAGCUCUCGAAAUGUAACAGAACAAUUUACUGUUUCUGCUGAUAAUAAUUACCCUUACGAGGAAAAUUACUACGAUGCAUCUACCUCCCUAUUGAAACCAGAAGAUUUCUUCAGAAAAUUUUUGGAUGAUUACGCAAACGAAAGCUCAAAAAGUGCUAAUAUUGAUAUAAAGUCAUUAUUAUCAUCAUCUAAUCAUGAUGAAAAUGUGAACUCAAUGACUGCUCAAUUUUAA